AUGCAUGAGGGUACUUGUAGGACAAGAUACUUACAGAACCUCACAGUCCUGCUUGCAUCUUCUUUGGUAACCCAGGAGUACACCAAAGAUUACGAGCCAUAUCGUAACAUUGGUGGACACAUUGGGAACAUCUUCACAAGUGAUUGGUUACGUAACCACUCUUGA